GUGCGCGGGUCGGCCCUCACCGCCUUCCCCGUGGGACUAGGGGGAGCCCCCGAGCGCCGCCCGGCCAGGUGAAAUGUUUUUCAUAUGCUGAAUUCCAGCUUGGGUUGUCUGGUUGCUGCACGUUUAGAACUUCAUAAAAAAGCAAGAGGUCGAGAUGAAGAGCAGGGUGACACAAGUAAAUCAUGGUUCCAGCCAUGAAAGGAGGGAAAACUACAGUUCCCGACAAGGAAGUUUGUCUCCAGAGGACAGGGAUAUGGAGCAUGAUGGGUCUCCGUCUCCCAGAAAGAGAAGACACUCUGAUGACAGCAGAUAUGAUCAGGAGUAUUCAAGAAGGGAAUACUAUGAUGACAGAAAUUCAGAUGGAAGAAGAAUGGAAAGGGGGAGAGAUAGACACUAUGACAGAUGGGAGGAGAGAGAAUAUGAUCGGAGGAAGCAGAGGAGAUAUUCAUCACCCGAUCGUAGGAGUCCAGAGAGGUCGACAGUUCAGAGCUCACUUGCUCAUGAUGAGGCCACUUCAAAGAAGAAAAAAGAAGAAGUGGAUCCAAUCCUUACUCGCACAGGUGGUGCAUAUAUUCCACCUGCCAAGCUCAGGAUGAUGCAAGAGCAAAUCACUGAUAAAAAUAGCUUGGCAUAUCAGAGGAUGAGUUGGGAAGCCUUGAAGAAGUCAAUCAAUGGUCUUGUCAAUAAAGUGAACGUUUCUAAUAUAGAAAACAUCAUUCAUGAGCUGCUUCAGGAAAAUAUUGUUAGGGGAAGGGGAUUGCUGUCUAGAUCCAUUUUGCAAGCUCAGAGUGCCUCUCCGAUAUUUACUCAUGUUUAUGCAGCUCUUGUGGCAAUUAUCAAUUCAAAGUUUCCAAAUAUUGGUGAAUUGAUUCUCAAGAGGUUGAUACUAAAUUUUCGCAAAGGAUAUCGCAGAAAUGACAAGCAACUCUGUCUAACAUCUUCAAAAUUUGUCGCACAUUUGAUGAAUCAGAAUGUGGCUCAUGAGGUUUUAUGUUUGGAAAUGCUCACCCUGCUUCUUGAAAGGCCUACUGAUGACAGUAUUGAAGUAGCAAUUGGAUUUAUUAAAGAGAGUGGGCUCAAAUUAACAGAAGUUUCUCCUAGAGGUAUCAAUGCAAUCUUUGACCGUCUUCGACACAUUCUGCAUGAAUCUAAAAUUGAUAUGCGUGUUCAGUAUAUGAUAGAAGUCAUGUUUGCUGUACGGAAGGAUGGCUUCAAGGAUCAUCCAAUUAUUCCAGAGGGAUUAGAUCUAGUCGAAGAGGAGGAUCAGUUUACUCAUAUGUUGCCAUUAGAAGAUGACUACAACCCAGAGGAUGUUCUUAAUGUUUUCAAGAUGGAUCCAAACUUUAUGGAAAAUGAGGAGAAAUACAAAACACUGAAGAAAGAAAUUCUUGAUGAAGGUGACAGUGAAUCUGAAGGAGAUCAAGAAGCUGGAAGUAGUGAGGAAGAUGAAGAAGAAGAUGAAGAGGAGGGUGAAGAUGGCCAGAAAGUUACUGUUCACGACAAAACAGAAAUUAACCUGGUCUCGUUCCGUCGUACAAUUUAUCUUGCUAUUCAGUCAAGCUUAGACUUUGAAGAAUGUGCUCACAAACUGCUGAAGAUGGACUUCCCUGAAAGUCAGACUAAAGAACUCUGCAAUAUGAUACUUGACUGCUGUGCUCAGCAAAGAACAUAUGAGAAAUUCUUUGGGUUACUGGCUGGGCGUUUCUGCAUGUUAAAAAAAGAAUACAUGGAAUCCUUUGAAGCUAUUUUCAAAGAACAAUAUGAUACCAUUCAUCGUUUGGAAACGAACAAACUGAGAAAUGUUGCCAAGAUGUUUGCUCAUCUACUAUACACUGAUUCAAUUCCCUGGAGUGUCCUUGAAUGUAUAAUACUGAGUGAAGAAACUACCACAUCCUCCAGUAGAAUUUUUGUCAAAAUAUUCUUUCAGGAACUCAGUGAAUAUAUGGGACUUCCUAAUUUAAAUGCAAGAUUAAAAGAUGAGACACUGCAGCCGUUCUUUGAGGGAUUAUUGCCUCGGGAUAACCCAAGAAACACUCGCUUUGCCAUCAAUUUCUUCACUUCUAUUGGCCUUGGAGGACUAACGGAUGAAUUACGGGAGCAUCUUAAAAAUGCACCGAAGUUAAUUAUGACACAAAAGCAAAAUGUUGAGUCAUCGGAUUCCUCUUCAUCUUCAGAGACAGACUCUUCCUCAGAUUCUGAUUCUGACAGCAGCAGUACUAGCUCAGAGUCAUCCAGCAGCAGUGACUCUUCAUCUAGCAGUGACAGCAGCAGUGACUCAGAUGUUUCUAAAACUAGAAGAAGGAGAAUGCAGAAGAAAAAUAGAGAAUCCAAUAAAGUUUCCAGGAAAAAGCAAGAAAGGAAACGGAAAUCCGUUGAAAAGAAAAUGGGAAGGAGGCAUCAAGAGGAAAGAAGUGAUACUGAGAGCAAAUCAGAAAGAAAUCACCGACAUUUAAGAGAAUCACACAGAGAUGAUGUGUCAAAAUAUCAUCACAGAGAUGAGUCCAAUGACAGAGAUGGUUACCAUAGUGGAAAAAAUAGGAACCAUGACAGAACUAAGGAUCUGGAAAAUAAACACAGUAAUUCAAAAGUUAAGAAAGCAGACAGAAGAGCUUCUUUGUCUGAUGAUGAAAAUUACAGACACUGGAGCAAAGAUAAUGGACAUCGCAGUAGAAAAAGAGAAAGAUCAAAAUCCAGAGAGAGAGACUGUGACGAUUCGAGUCCAAGAGAGGAGGAACAAGAGGACCGGUACAGAAAUGGUUCGGAGAAACACCGGGAGAAGUACAGCCGCUACUCUGACCAGUACAGGGAACCCAGGGAGAACGAGGACAGGGAGUCCAGGGUGAACAAGGACAGGGAAUCCAGGAGGAACGAGGAGAGGGAAUCCAGGAGGAACGAGGAGAGGGAAUCCAGGCGGAACGAGGAGAGGGAGCCCAGGAGGGAUGAGGACAGGGAGUCCAGGGUGAACAAGGAGAGGGAGCUCAGGAGGAACGAGGAGAGGGAGCUCAGGAGGAACGAGGAGAGGGAGCUCAGGAGGGACGAGGAGAGGGAAUCCAGGAGGAACGAGGAGAGGGAAUCCAGGAGGAACGAGGAGAGGGAAUCCAGGAGGAACGAGGAGAGGGAAUCCAGGAGGAACGAGGAGAGGGAAUCCAGGAGGAACGAGGAGAGGGAAUCCAGGAGGAACGAGGAGAGGGAGCCCAGGAGGAACGAGGAGAGGGAAUCCAGGAGGAACGAGGAGAGGGAAUCCAGGAGGAACGAGGAGAGGGAAUCCAGGAGGAACGAGGAGAGGGAAUCCAGGAGAGACGAGGAGAGGGAAUCCAGGAGGAACGAGGAGAGGGAAUCCAGGAGAGACGAGGAGAGGGAAUCCAGGAGAGACGAGGACAGGGAGUCCACGGUGAACAAGGAGAGGGAGCUCAGGAGGAACGAGGAGAGGGAAUCCAGGAGGAACGAGGAGAGGGAGUCCAGGUGGAACGAGGAGAGGGAAUCCAGGUGGAACGAGGAGAGGGAAUCCAGGUGGAACGAGGAGAGGGAAUCCAGGAGGAAUGAGGAGAGGGAGCCCAGGAGGGACGAGGACAGGGAGUCCAGAAGAGACGAGGAGAGGGAGCCCAGGAGGAACGAGGAGAGGGAAUCCAGGCGGAACGAGGUGAGGGAGUCCAGAAGGGACGAGGAGAGGGAAUCCAGGAGGAACGAGGAGAGGGAGCCCAGGAGGAACGAGGAGAGGGAGCCCAGGAGGAACGAGGAGAGGGAGCCCAGGAGGAACGAGGAGAGGGAGCCCAGGAGGAACGAGGAGAGGGAAUCCAGGAGGAACGAGGACAGGGAAUCCAGGAGGAACGAGGACAGGGAAUCCAGGAGGAACGAGGACAGGGAAUCCAGGAGGAACGAGGAGAGGGAAUCCAGGAGGAACGAGGACAGGGAAUCCAGGAGGAACGAGGACAGGGAAUCCAGGAGGAACGAGGAGAGGGAAUCCAGGAGGAACGAGGAGAGGGAAUCCAGGAGGAACGAGGAGAGGGAAUCCAGGAGGAACGAGGACAGACAAAGGGAGAAUUCCCCACACAGGCGAAAAUGAAGGCCAGCCACAGUUUGACAUAAAUGUACGUUUCUGAGGUGUUAAGACUGUAUUUUAAAAUCUAUUACUGAACUUUCUUUAAAAAAAGAUUUUGUACAAAGUGAUAGUUUGCAUUUGUAAAUUGUACCAGACUUUUUCAAAUUUUCUGUACCACUUUUUUAUAAUUGUAUCAUUAAGUCUUUCUGUUAAGUUCUUCUUGGGAAAGACAAAGCUCUUUAUUUUGUGAAUAAAACCAUUAAGAUAUCAGCAAAAUGGGUGUUUUUUCACUUAGUUUUAAGUAUUUGUAAUUGUAACUUUAUAGUCCAAAAAAAACAUUGUUUUUUAAUUUUGCUUGUUAAUUCAAAACCGGAUGCUGAGGUUGGGGUGAUAAACAACAAAUUUCAGAUUACAGUGUGAAUGUUACAUGAGGAAACUUUACAAAAAUUUUCAAACAGGCAUUCUAUAUGUGUAUAUUCGUCCAACUAUACAAAUAUGAAAAAAAAUCAGUAAAUACUUCAGUUGAUUUUUUUAAAUUAAGAUUUUUUAAAUUGAAACCCCAGUGUUGCUGUUUUAAAUGUCACAUGUGAAAGUGUGUCAACUUGUUCUGUUACUUUUCACAAUGUUUUUUAAUAUUGUGACAUCCUGAGCGAGUUACACUUGGGAUCUUAGGGGGGAAAAUGAUUAGUUUGGUUUUUAUUUUUUUAACUAUGAAUUUGAUUUUAAAGUCAUAGACUUCAACUCUAGCACUACAAAGGAGUCGUUUAAGGAACAUCUUUCCCAGUAUAUAAAAAGUAAGCAAAAUAAGAGGUGUUUCAAGUCUUUUUAGACGUUUUGAACUACAGGGCCUGAAAUGCUCAAGCUCAUUGGAAGCAAAGUUUAAAAUAAAAAAGCAACACACAGUUGCUGCAGCAGUCUAUAGUAUAAAAUUGUUCUGUCUGAAGUCAUGUGGACCAACUAGCUCUGUCUACCUUGAUCGCAUGAGAAAUUAAUCAAAAUCAUCUGGUUAAGGCUCUAAUUCUCAAAGUAAAUAGCCAAGAAAAAUAUGGAAAGUCUUCUGGGGUGAAAUAGGAAAUAGUGUGGGCAUGGUCGGUAGGAGAGAGAGGUGAUAGUUGAAUAUUAUGCAGUUGUUGAAGUUAUAUAACUACAUUUUUCUUUUUUAAUUUGUGAAAUUAACACAAUUGCUGGACAUAUGAGAACUUAGACAUUUCAUGUGUAAAUCAUAUUUCAUCUUCUAUAAAGCAUAAGAAAUAUAUUUGAGCUGUUUUAUAACAGAAAAUAAAACCAUUCCUAA